AUGGGUAAAAUAUUUGCAAUGUUAGGCCCAAACGGAACCGGGAAGACAACAUUAAUGCGUGUAAUAUUAGGACAAUUAAGAUUAACAUCAGGCACAAUUGAGGUGUUUGGCAAAAUGGCAGGAUCUGUAGGUUUGGGUAUUCCCGGACCGGGUGUCGGGUAUAUGCCUCAGGAGUUGGCGUUAUUUGAUUAUUUCACAAUCGGAGAAAUACUUAAUUAUUACGGAAUGAUAUAUCAUAUAUUAGCGUUCCUUUAA